AUGGCGCCUCGAAAGGCUCUCUUCGUCAUUGAUAUCCAGAAAGAGCUUGCCGUCGAUCCCACAACCAGAGUCCCCCAUGCGGAUCGAGUCAUCGCGUCCGCCGAGGGAACCCUCAACGCCAUCCGGUCGGUCAUCGAUUCCUGCCGCGAGAAGAACCAACCAUCUCCGUGGGCUAUCUAUUUCAUUCAGCACGAAGAAAGCUCUGCGAGUGGGACGCUGCUGCGGGGCAGCGAGCCGUGGGAACUGGUGUUCACCCCGCGGGUGGAUGUCGAGGAGGAACUCGUGGUCGCGAAGAAGACUGGCAACACGUUCGAGUCGAAUCCUACCCUCUCGACGCGCCUCCGCAAUGCCGAUAUCAACGAAAUAGUGGCUCUGGGUCUGCAAAGCGAGAAGUGUGUCGAAGCGACCUGCAAGGGUGCGUUGGCGGCGGGGUUCCGCGUGACUCUCCUUGCUGGCGCGCACUCAACGUACGACUCGGAGGGAAAGACGGCAACAGAGCUCGAGCGCGAGGUUGAGCGGCGUCUGUCGACUCGUGGGGCUCGUGUGUUGCGGUGGGAAGAGGCGGCUUCACAGUGGGUUCAGGAGCAGCGUCGAUAGAUUGGUUGCGGCCUGUUCGGGCAUGUUUUUACCAGCAUUCUUUUCUAGUUGAAGUCUUAAUUUAACAUUUGCUUUCGGGUAAAAUGUCAUUCAAGUUAGUAAAAAGCAAUAGUUAACCGAGACUGGGGCUUUUUACCUUGGCUGCAUCGGAGUCCCAGGGAACAUAUGUUAAUAAUGAUGGAUCAUGGAGAAGACGGAGAGAGAAGCAGGGAAGUCUAAG